AUGACAGCGCUUGUCAAGCGAACUGUCAGCGUGACAUUUAUCGCUGAUAGCAAACAACAGUUAUGUGACACGCGAACGCGCGCCACUUCCGCAAAGCAACAACAGAAACAGCAACAAAAACAACGCGACAAACGAAAAUCUACGAAAUGCCACCGCCACCUUCGGCAAAUGGCGUAUUUAGUGCGACCUUUGCUGUUGCUCUUCUGCCUGCUACAUGCCGCGCAACAUAUGCGUUGCGUCCACAUGUUGACAGAUGACAGCGCAUCCAGUGCCAAUCAGUUGCUCUCGUUUGUGGAGAGUACAGUGAAACCUGUAAAUAAUAGUGUUAGUGUAAAUAGUGUAAGUCAUAGCCGAAGUGGCGUAAGUGUUGACAAUGAGAGUGUACAAAAUGAUGUUGCUGCAACAAUGUUGCCCGCAACAUCGCCACCAACCAAACGAAAGCUGCGGCGCAAGUAUCCCACGAAAAUGCAAAAUCAAACAGAGCGAGCAUUGGGGUCAACGCAGGUGGCGCAGCGUUACAAAGGCAAACGGCGAAAAGUGUUGCUGCCGCGCGGACAACCGAAUGCAACCGCGCAGGCAACACGCAACAUGUCCGCUGGUGCGGUGCAACGGUUGAAUGCGGAAAAUAUACCAAAGAAUGUGCGAAAGCCACAAACGCUGCAGGAGCGGCAAAGGCAGCGACAGUUGCAACAACAAAAACAACAGUCUGCGCAACAGCAGCGCCAACUGCAGCGACCUGAUGAGUUGAAGCGGACUAAAGAUGCACAGUUACAACAACAAAUUCGCGUGCCACCAACUUCGCACUUACAAAAACAAUACCAUUUCAUACCGCAACCCGACACACCAGCCACCACCCUACGCAUCAGCACGUCCAUCGAUCAUCAUCAUCAUCAGCAAAUCACAACGAAUACAACAACCACAAUACGACAACACAUACAGCAGCAGCCACCACAAGGUCCUCCAAACGAACAUCGUUAUGAACAUAGACAACAGCAACAACAGCAACAUGCUGUUAGCAAUUCAAGCAGCAUAACGUCUAGACAUCAGCACACCCAUCAGCAACAACCGCAGAGCCAGCAACAUACCGUCUACGACACUACAACGAUACAGAAUCGUCAAGAUCACGUCGUCGUCCAGGGCAACACGGACAUCGUGGUGUAUCGCAAUAUUGGCACGUUGCCAUGCCCACCGAGCGUGCGUUUGGUGCCGCAUCGCUUCAUACCGGUGCACCCGCAGCAGCGUACAAGGCCAAGGGAGUGUCAGUGCAGCCCGAUCGGCGCCAUCGCCGUCUCAUGUGACAAGCGUACCGGUCAAUGUGCCUGUCUGGCCAACGUUACCGGCCGGCGCUGCGACAAAUGCAAAUCAGGUCAUUGGAACCUCACGCAAGGCGUCGGCUGUCAUGACUGUCGCUGCGAUCCGGCCGGUUCGCGCAGCCACGAAUGCAACCCGUGGACGGGCCAAUGCGAUUGUAAGAUCGGUGUAGGCGGUCAACAUUGCAAUGAGUGUACGGACGGUUUUUACGGCUUCUCCAGCGAUGGUUGUCAACGUUGUACGCAGUGCGCGGGCGAAGGACAAGUUUGUGAUCCGUUGAAUGGUCGCUGCAUCUGUCCGCCGAACAGUCGCGGAUUGGGUUGUGCACAAUGUGUGGCCGGUACUUGGGGUUGGCAGCCGCGUCUCGGUUGUCGCAAUUGUGCCUGCGAUCGUAUCGGUUCAAUCGGCCAGCUGUGUGAGUCGUUGAACGGCCAGUGCCAGUGUCGUGAGGGUUAUGCGGGCCGGCAGUGUGACACGUGUGCAAUUGGUUACUUUGGUUAUCCGGAGUGCAGGCGUUGCAAUUGCAAUGUGGAUGGUUCGUUUGUGCACGCCGAUGGCUCGAUCACUUGCGAUGCGAACGGCCAGUGUCCGUGCAAAGCGCUGGUGGUUGGACUCAAAUGUGACACGUAUGAAAUCAACUUUGGUUUGUCGGCACUCAACCCGGAAGGUUGUACGCGUUGCUUCUGCUUUGGUCGUUCGAGUGAGUGUGUGCAGAGUGAAUGGUCGUGGGGACAUAUACGCAUGGCGGAGGCACGCAACCUGAGCGUGCAAUACAUACGACCGCAAUACGUUACGAAUACGGAGUAUGAGUAUAUUGUUGUUGUGCAGAUGGCGGGCGCGAAGAGCUAUCGCGAAGAUGCCGAAAUACACCUGCUCAACGAUCUGAAUUUGAUACCACGCUCCACGGGCAAUGUGUCAAUCGGCGCAUACACGAAUUUCUUUCAUCCACUCUACUUCCAACUGCCACCGCAAUUCUAUGGUGAUCGCACUAGCAGCUAUGGUGGUCACUUGUUCUUUACGCUUCUGAUCGAAGGCGCUAAUCGGCCACUGGAACGCAAUGUGCUCUCACGUUUCCCGCUAGUGCAGAUACAUUCGCACAAGAAGUUGGUGCUCGACUAUUACGAAUAUGAGAACUACGAGUAUGCGCUCAAUGUGACCUACAAAGUGCCUCUUCACGAGUCCGAGUGGAAGUUUCAUCACAACAGUCAGACGGUGGAUCGUGCUACAUUGAUGGCAGCGCUGCAGAAUGUGAAGCAUAUCUUUGUGCGAGCCUCGGCAUUCGCGGACUUCACUGAAGUAGUACUGAGCAACGUUCACAUGGACUCAGCCAUUUAUGUUUACGGUUCCACGAAUAUGAUAGCCAAAGGUGUUGAGCACUGCAAGUGCCCGAAGCGUUAUGAUGGGCUAUCGUGUCAAGAUCCUGGCAAAGGUUUUUACCGUUAUCGCAAUGUCACUGAAAUCGAGACCGUCUUCAUAGAGGAUCUCAUCGGACGCGUUGUGCCCUGUCAUUGUAACGGACGGAGCAAUGAAUGCCAACGCGAGACGGGUAUUUGCUUGAAUUGUCGCGAUAACACAGGCGGUGGCCACUGUGAACAAUGUGCAGAUGGCUAUUAUGGCGAUCCAAAUUCGCCAUACGGCUGUCAGUCGUGUCCCUGCCCGGAAACAAGCCGUAAUUUCGCUAAAGGCUGUAAUGUCUGGCAGGGUGAGGUUAGUUGCGUUUGUAAACCCGGUUACACCGGCAAACUGUGUGAUCAGUGUCGCACUGGCUAUUUCGGCAAUCCACUGGCUUAUCCGAAUAGCACCUGUCAGCCGUGUAACUGCAAUCUGGAUGGAUCAACAAACGACGACUGCGACAGUCAAACUGGACAGUGUCAGUGUCGGCCAGGUGUGACUGGUCUCAAAUGCGACCGUUGCAUUGCGGAACGCAGCCAUCUUGAAGAUCGCGGCUGUCGAAUUUGUGACAAUUGCACACUGUUGCUGCUGGACUACAUCGAGCUGAUCAGCAAUAAGCUACGCCGUGGUCUGCACAAUAUGGAUAUGACGGGCAUACCAGCACCUUAUCUGAAAGUAGACGACUACGAACGCGACUACAACACGCUACAAAUUCACUACGAAGACUACACGAAUGCGCGCAAACUGUUGGGAAACUAUGAUGUCAACGAAUUGCUGAAGAUCGACUCACACGCCGAGAAUAAUAAAUUUCAGUCACGCAAAGCGCUGGCCACUGCAACCAAGCGCAAAGAGGCUGUAAGCCAACUAAGGAAUGAUGUGACCACGCUCUAUGUGGAUAUAGGCGCGCUCCGUCCCGAUAUUUUACAAUAUAUUUUCACGCUCAACAAUUACGGUAAGAGUGAGCAGCACAUGAGUCUACCGAUGGCGUUAGAACAAGCGCGCUUCUAUUUGGCCUCCAUACGACAACACGAGGAAACCGUGAAGAACAUACGUAACUCCACGCAAUGCGCUUGGCAUUUCUACUAUCACUUUGGUAACGCAUCGGAUGCGGCAUUCGAUCAGGAAGCGCGUGUCGAAAUGUUCUGGCGUGAUCUUAAUCAAAGUAAUGUUCGCAUAUCCGAUAUGCGUCUGCACGUCGAUCGAACGGUGGAAAUGCAAAGCGAGAUCGAAGACACAUUAGAGCAUGUGGUGAAUUUGCGCAAUCAUGUUGCGGAAGAUUACAGUAAAAUCAAUGAGCUGGGCACUGAUGUCAUGGAUUAUUUGAAUCAGAGCUUAAUACCGCGCACAAAUCUAUUGAUCGAGCAGAAUUGGGCACAACAAGAGCAACUGACAGGUGUGACCGAUACGAUUGAUAGACUAUAUGAACAAUUGAAUAUCUCCAUGGAUGAUAGUGAGGGCUUACAGCGUGAGGUGCGCAAGCAUUGGCUGCCGAAAGCACAAAAGCAUGCCGAUAGAUUGAUGGAGCGUUCGAAUGAGUACGCCAGACAGUUUCAACCCACGAGAAAUGGCGCGAAAAUCGCGUUAUUAGCAAGUUCCGCGCAUAAGAACAUAUCCGAUGCCAUUGACGCUGCAAGACGAGCAUCAAUCGAAGCCAAAGCACGUGUUUGGGAAGCACAGAGAAGACUCUAUCCCGACGAUGGUAGCUCUGUGAUUGAACGUGCUGAGAUAUCACUAAACAAAUCUAGAGCACUACAAAAAGAAGCGCUUGCCGAGAUGGAACGCACCAAUGCGCUCAAGCAAAAACUCCAAAUACACGAAGACAAAGUGGACAGCAUCAAAACUACGAUCUACGACGCGGGCACGCGCACCAACAACGUCUCAGCACAUUUACAUGCGGCGGCUAACAACUCAGCGCGUCGGUUGGCUUUGGAGAGCAUAGACAUGGCGAAGAAUAUUAGCAAUGAAAUGCGGCACGAACUGCAAAAGGCGAGACGGUUGCACGAGGAAAUCCUGAAGUUACGCGAGAAGUUCGCCAUCUUAGAACCAGAUUGGGAAAUCAAGCUAGGACGCGCCGAGGAGAAUAUAUCGCUCACUAAGACCAAUAUACGUCUGGCGAACAUAUCGCUCUCGUAUGUGGAAGAACAAGCGCAGAAGGAGAAAGCGAAAUUCGAUGAAUGGAAUAAUACGAUGUCCAGUCAAGUGCAGGAAUUGCGCGACAAAAUCGCUAAAGCACGACAUGCAGCCGAGGGCAUUAAAAUCUCACUGGAAUCGCUGAAUCCGAAAUGCUCGCGCACCUAUCUACCCACCUUAUAUGGGCUCUCCACUUCGAACACCAUAAAAAUUUCAUUUGCGCUGCCCAAUCGUAACGGCAACUCGCCACUGUUGCACAUACAAGGCAGCGACGGCCGCUAUAUCGCACUCGAACUCUACAAGCGGCACGUACGUCUAGUUUGGAACCUUGGCGGCACCACCACCAUCAUUACACAUCCACUGGAAGUGCAAACGCGUGAUCCCAAGUAUGAUGACGCCUGGUAUCAUGUGGAAGCGAAUCGCACACUGAACAUAGGUAGUCUUUUGGUACGGCGCAUGAAUAACUAUGGCGCGCUGGUGCCCGGUCAAGCCGUAACUGGUAAUACCGACGCUGGCUAUACGCGCUUCUUCCAAACGCCCAACGAACGCAUACAUCUCGGCGGUUAUCCGAGCGAUAUGUCACAGAAGGAGAUGCAACAAAGUGCGGGUCUCAAUGUUGUCGUGCACAACGUGGAGGUAGACAAUCGUCCCUUGGGCAUAUGGAACUUUAUCACUAGUGAGGGGCGUUGUGGCGGCGCAAUUACUGGUGCACAGGAAUCCACAUCAACCUCGAUAGCAAGACACUUCAAUGGCGUGGGUUAUGCGGAGGUGAAGAAGUCACGUUUGAGAUCGUACCGUAUGAAUUUGUUUGCGCUACAAAUGACCUUCAAGACACUGGAUGAGAAUGCGCUGCUAUUCCUGGCGGUUGAUGAUAAGAAUAAUCGCUCCGUGUCGGUGACGCUCAGUCGUGGACGCAUUAUGUUCCGCAUUGAUUACGGCGAUGAGGCGAAAUUGGAAAUAAACACAACCAACAAAUACAACACGGGUAAAUGGGUUAAGAUUGAGGCAGCGCGUGAGUUCGUGCCGAGACGCGGCACUGAGAAUGGUAUCUUACGCGUGGACAACGAACGUGCCAUCACUGGUUCGCCCACAGUGCCCAUUAAGAGUCACAUGUUGCCGGAUUUGUCGAAGCCGGUAUACUAUUUGGGCGGUGUGCCGCCAGGUUUCAAAUCGGGUACCUCCAAGGCACCUGGUGCGGAUAAUCCCUUCCUGGGUUGUAUGAAGGACGUGCAAGUCAACAGAGAAACUUACGAUCCACUGGAGGGCUCAACACACUUUGGCGUAGAGCCAUCUUGCAAGGAAGUUAUAACAAAAGCCGGCUUCACAGGUCAGGGUUACAUCGAGCUUCCCUCCCAGUCACUACGUAAGCGCGCCAACACCGGUUUCGUUUUCCGCACCUUACAAUCCGAUUGCCUACUAUUGCUCUCCGCCUAUCCACCCGAAGUUGCUGAGGACUACGACGACAAAGACAUCAAGGGAAAUUAUUCGAUCAGCUUAAUCGACGGUCAUCUGCAAGUAUGGAUCAACUCCGGACGCAGUCUUUUGAAAAUCAUUUCGAACAACACGCUUAACGAUGGUGAAUUCCAUGUGGUGAAUUUAAUUAAAACUGGUCGCAAAUUCGAACUGAUGGUUGAUGAUGAGUUGCAAGACACGAAGAGCUUAACCGGCGCACCCACACUUGUCAGCAUGCCACGUGACGCCGGCGGUCUCUACAUCGGUGGUGCUCCACCUUAUGAGGAGUUCACACCACUAGCACCUACUUUUAUCAAACUAGAGGGCGCCAUACGCGAUGUGGUCUUCAAUAACCAUACGGUCAACUUGAACCAGGCGGUGGCCUUCUCGAACGUGCAAAUCGGCCGGAACGGGCCACCAAUGGGUACUGUAAAUGGACUUAUCGAUGUACUGCUUAAGACUGAACCGAUGAUUGGCAAGAGCUUUACCGCAUCGCCUGAGGGAUGUUUAAGGGUCGGCAGCUAUUCGUACGAGCCGAGCGCCUUCAAAUUCGGCGAUGUAACGCACAGUUACGCCCAACUUCAAGUGCCACAACGCAAUUUCUGGCAACGUAAUUUUCACAUCUCUUUCGGUUUUCGCUCCUUCUAUCCGAACGGUUUAAUCUUCCUAGCACCGGGCAGCAAGGAGAAGCAUAAACACUAUGUAGCGCUGCUGCUCAAGAAUGGUCAACUGCUUUUGAUAGUGCGCGGUCGCCGGCGUGAAGAAUUGAAAUUGACAGCAAAAUUAGACGACGGCGUAUGGCAUCACGUGACGAUAUUGUGUCAGGAGCGCAAAGUAACCAUGUCGGUGGAGAUUGGACAAACCGAUCAGAAGACAUCGGCGCAGAUGAAGGUGCCGAAGAAGAUUGCGGCCACAAAUGUGCUGUAUGUUGGCGGUUUGCCCGAGAAGGUGCCUAAAUUGCCAACGGAGUUGCUGCAACGACUGGAAGCCUUCAAAGGUUGUCUGCGUGGCAUGAGCAUAAAUAAUAGCACGCAAGAUCUGGCGCGUCCGGGCAAACAUCUGCAUGUUGGACAGUGUUUUCCGAAAGUGGAGAAGGGUGCAUACUUUCCCGGCGAUGCCUACGCGAUAUAUAAACGCAACUUCCAUGUCGGCAAAUACUUGGAGUUCGAGCUCGACUUCCGCACCUCCGAACUUUUCGGUACACUGUUAAGUAUCUCGGAGCCCUCAGGGUUUCCAGCGCUCUCAUUAGAACUCAACAAUGGCAAUAUCAUCUUCUCCACCGACCUCGGCGAUGGCAUGCCAUUCCGCGUACAAUCGGAACUACCCAGCAAAUACGCUUUAUGCGACAAUAAAUGGCACAACAUUUCGGCGCUUUACGAUUACGAACACAUCACAUUACGCAUCGAUCAGAUGGCGACCACCAAAGCGCGAUCGACACAACAACGCAACAACAGCAAAGUACAAACGAAGUCGGCGCUUUACAUAGGCGGUCUACCAGAAGUCGCUCCCAGCGGCACGCUGCUCGCACGCGAAAACUUCAAAGGCUGCAUACGCAAUGUGUCCAUACGUCAGGAGCGACGCGAUUGGAUCGACAUGGACGAGCUGCAUAAUGUUUUGCUAAGCGAAUGUCUGGUCACAGGCGUGGACAACUGAUUGUGAUUGUGUGUGCGAAUAUGUGUGAUUGCAAUGUAUUUGCGUAGAAGUUAAGGUGAGAGUGGUCACAGUGAAAUGCUUUAGUAUUUAGACAACGCUUGAAUAUGCAGCAGCGAUUUUCGUUUAUGUUUAAGUAGACCGUCGAUGCCUUUUGGUAGACCUGUAGCAUACCGAAAUAGACUAAUUAAGGCAUAAACAUGAGUUUGUUGUCUCAACCGCCGGGUUUUUAUUACAUAUACAUAUGCAUGCAUGAGUGUGAGCUGCAAUGUAUCAUUGUGAAGAGCAUCUAAUUUAAAAGAAAUAUCGGUUGAAUAGUUCGACCAGAAUCAUGUCCGCCAGUUUAAAAAAGUGUGUUUUGAGAAAAACGCGUUUAAAAUUUGAGGUGUGCACUCCGAGCGCUCCGAACGUCGAGUGGUAUUAUUAUUUUUGGGCCUUUUUCGAAACCUUCCAAUGGUAAAGUGGGUUUCUACAUUAAUUCUAAGGAUAUAAGAAAAUGCAAAAAAAAAAUUUUUUUUUUUGAAAAAAGAUUACCCUACUGACUCCUUAAAUAUUUUAAAAAUUAAAAAAAAAAAUUUCGAGAAAAAAUUUAA